GGACACUUGAGUUGUUUCCACCUUGUGCAUUUUGUGAAUAAUGCUGCAAUAAACAUACAUGUUCAAGUGUUUGUGUUGACAUAUAUUUUCUUGGAUAUAUACCUAGGAGUAGAAUUACUGGGUCAUGUGGAAAAAAGCCUGUUUUCUUAUUGUCUCGAUAAGAAUAUGUGUGUGUGUCUGUAUACGUUAAUACCAUUUUAUUGAGUAUUUUAAUUUUAUGUACUCUCCUUAAUUACUAUUUGGAAGGAAAGCCUUAUCUUAACACUAAAGAGAAGUAGAUAAAAAGUUUUUAUUGCAAAACAAUUCCUUUUAAAAAUAAUUAUAUGUUGUUAUAUCUGUAUUUAAGAAAAAUUUCAGGCUGGUACAGAAUGCUGUGUUCUUUGCUCCUUUGUGAAUGUCUGUUGCUGAUAGCUGGCUAUGCUCAUGAUGAUGACUGGAUUGACCCCACAGACAUGCUUAACUAUGAUGCCGCUUCAGGAACAAUGAGGAAAUCUCCUCAGGCGAACUAUGAUGUAGCAGAGAAAAAGGAUGUCAGUCCUGACUUGUCACAUGCUGACGAAAUGUCUGAAUGUUACCGCAGGCUUGAUUCUUUAACUCAUAAGAUUGAUGAGUGUGAAAAGAGAAAGAGGGAAGAGUAUGAAAGUCAGAGCAAUCCUGUUUUUAGGAGAUACUUAAAUAAGAUUUUAAUUGAAGCCUCGAAGCUUGGACUUCCUGACGAGAACAGGGGUGAUAUGCAUUAUGAUGCCGAGAUCAUCCUGAAAAGACAGACCUUGUUAGAAAUACAGAAGUUUCUCAAUGGAGAGAACUGGAAGUCUGGAGCCUUGGAUGAUGCACUAAGUAAUAUUUUAAUUAAUUUUAAGUUUCAUGAUUUUGAAACAUGGAAGUGGCAAUUUGAAGAUUACUUUGGAGUGGAUCCAUAUGAUGUGUUCAUGGUGCUUCUGUGUCUGCUCUGUAUCGUGGUAUUAGUGGCCACUGAGCUGUGGACCUAUGUUCGUUGGUACACCCAGUUGAGACGUGUUUUGUUCAUCAGUUUCCUCAUCAGUUUGGGAUGGAAUUGGAUAUAUUUAUACAAGCUAGCAUUUGCACAGCAUCAGGCCGAAGUUGCCAAGAUGGAACCAUUAGUCAGUGCGUGUGCUGAGAAGAUGGACUGGGCUGGAAGUUUUUUUGAAUGGUUUAGAAGUAAAUGGAGCUUUCAAGAUGACCCAUGCCAAAAAUACUACGAGCUCAUAUUAGUCAACCCUAUUUGGUUGGUUCCACCAACAAAGGCCCUGGCAGUUACAUUCACCAACUUUGUAACAGAGCCAUUGAAGCACAUUGGAAAAGGGACUGGUGAAUUUAUCAGAGGGCUCAUGAAGGAGAUUCCAGUGUUACUGCACAUUCCGCUGCUGAUAAUUAUGGCAUUAGCCGUCCUGAGUUUCUGCUAUGGUGCUGGAAAAUCGGUUGGUGUGCUGAGACAUAUAGGGGGUCCUGAGAGAGACUCUCCCUGGGCACUUCACUCAGGUGAUAGAAGACGUCAGGAGGAAAUUGAUUAUAGACCCCGUGGUGGAGCAGGUGAUGCAGAUUUCUAUUAUAGGGGCCAGAUUGGUCCCCGUGAGCAAGGCCCUUAUGACAAAGCAGAUGAGGGUAGAAGAGAUGCUUUGAGAGAGAAAGAUGUUCACUUGAGAUUUCAGACUGGCAACAAGAGCCCUGAAGUGCUCCGGGCAUUUGAUACCGCAGAGACACGAGAGCAUCCCAAGGUGGUACCCAGUCAUAAAUCACCUGUUUUGGAUACAAAGCCAGAGAUUGGUGAGAUCCCAGGAGAAAGCACUCUGACAGAAGGCAGCCAAUCAGCUAAGCCUGUCUCUGGCCAAGAGAUGUCAGGGAGUGUGGAAGGUUUACCUGCAGUGGAGGAGGCCCAGCACAGGACUGACGCCCAAGGCAGCCCCAAGGAAGGCAGCCCAGACAGCCCGGCAUGCGGAAAGGAGGCUGAUGGCGGCCUGUGCGGCUAGAGGAACACGGCCACGGACGACCGCUGUGAGGUCUUCUAUGGGUUUUCCGAAGUAUACUCUUCACAACUCCCUUAACUCUUCAGUACUAACAUUCUGAUAUUUACUGCAAAGGUGCCACCUUACACAUUAUUUUUACUGACAAUCAGGAUUAACAGACGUGUAUAUAAAGGCUUCCACUUAAUUUCAUUUUCUCUUUGGUAUUAGGGCAUAUCCCACAAAGUUUUUAAGUGUUCAUUUUAGAGCAGGGUCUCAUAGAAUUUAUGUUGUUUAAGAUGAACAUACGGCAUCACUGACUCAUGAUUAAGGACAGCAGUUUGAGUUAAACCAAAAACCAAACUCGUUGCUGUCUAGUCAAUUCCGACUUAUAGCGACCCUGUAGGACAGAGUAGGGCUGCCCCAUAGGGUUUCCAAGGAGUGCCUGGUGGAGUCAAACUGCCGACCUUUUGGUUAGCAGCCGUAGCUCUUAACCACUGUGCCACCAAGGCUCCAGUUUGAGUUGGGGACAUUGAAAAAGAAGUUUUGUUCACAAGCACAUAUAGGAACCAACUAACCGAAGUGUUUGCUGCCUAGUGGUAGUCCUGUGUCAUACCUACUUUUAGGUAACACAGAAUUAGUCAUACGUUGGGUUCAAAUAGUGUUUCCAAAGUGAUUAAGUACUCAAAAACAAGUUUUAAAAAGGAAGGUCCGCUGUGGUCACUUUUAUGCAUUUCAGCAUCUUCCUGUUGCCACAGUGAGCAUUACCGGCAUAGUUGUGUUGAAGCCUCGAUUAUUUGUCUGUACACUGUGCACAGAUCAAGGUGGUUUUUUGUUUCAUAUCCUAUCUUCAGCUCUCAACUCUUGCUGCUGUCACUGGGUCUGCUUCCUUAUUGCCCUUUUCACUAUAACCUUUGCUAAAGCACAACUGAAGAUUACUAGGGUGAUUUAGAUAACAUAGCUUGUUAAAUCAGUAAUAACAGACUUUGAGAAUGGCUCUAUUCUUUCACCACCAAAUGAAGUACACAGGCUUUAUAAGCCCUGUUUUCCUUCCUAGUCAGAAUCCCAGCAGUUAAGACUGUUGGAUAUUACUAUAUCUUAUUUAUAUUGUAACAAACCAUAUUGUCUUGGCCAGAGAAGUUCAGAUCUUUAGAGUUCUACACACAGAAGAAUCCCAUAAGAGGGAAAACAGAGAAGUGUUUUACUUAACUGCAAAGACAGGUGAGAUAAUCAACAUUUUUAGUUAGUUUUUCUGAUUUUAAAAAGUAUUCCUGAUUUUAAGCAGUUUAUCAGUUUUGCACAUUCACUUAUCUAGGAAGCAAAGUUCACAUACAUUCAGGUGUCCUUUGUUUUAACUAUAUUCACACUAGAAAGUUAACGUUCAACUGCUUACUAAAAAUGAUACGUUCAGUAAUGGUCUUAAAAUUUUCAUAUAGGCAUUUGUUUCAGAAAAAAAGAUGGAUUCAGAGCGGUUGCUUUUUGUUGUUUCUACAUGAAAUACAGAGUACCCCUUUUUGGCUCCCAAAAUUGUUACUUAGUCACCUAUAAUAACUCAAUUUUAGAUGGUAAUAUUAUUUUCCAGUUUAUAUUGCAGACAUCUUCAGUACUUCAUCAGAAAGGUAAUCAUUCUUUCAAAAGUUACAAAAGGAUUUUAUGUUAAUAACACUACAGGCAUGUUAACAAACUAAUGAAAGGAAGCCUGCAGUUUGGAAUAGAUUAGUGAACACGGGAAGAGUUCAAGAAAAAAAUUCAGUGGAUAUAAAGCAUGCGUAUAAAUCGCUGCAUAGAAAGUAAUCCUCUCUGGAGACUAAACCUGUUCCCACUGAUCCAUGAAACACUGCAGAGAUGGUAGCUGGCUCCCUAGCUGUGAUCUGAUUCUGAAGAGAAACGAAUGCCUCAAGUCUCAGACUCAAACUGGAAGUGGAGUCAAUGCUGCUUGCACUUUUCUCCCAUUCCCGACUGCUGCUGAUCAGUCCGAUAUAGAUCCCUCCUCCCUUUAACUUAAAUAAAAUGUCAUCUUUGUAUCCUUUCAUUACACGUAUUCAGUUGGGGGUGAAAUCUACUUUGACAGCUAGCAAGGCGACAUGCUGCUGCUGCUGCUGAGUGAUGACAGCAAUUCAGGGAAGACUACUAAAGCAACUGCAACUUAUCAAGGCCAGUUAGUAACUAGAAAAGAGAUAAGGCGUGUUUAUUGGCUAGCCAAUAUUUGUCAUUAAAAUUAAGGCUUAUAGUGAUAAGUUUGUAGGAAAAUCAGAAUGGAGUAGACAGCUUUUAAAAGCAAUUUUUAAAUGAAAUAGAUAAUGUUAGAAUGUUUACAGGGUCUACCAACCACUGUGUACACAAAAUAAACACUUAUUAUUUUUACAUUGUGAUUUGGUAUGUUGUCUUUUAUUGAAUAUUCUUAUAAGAAAAAGCCCCAUGAAACUUUUUAAAAGGAUGCUACUUAGGACAUCACAUCUUAUAUCUAUUAUUUUUUAUAAAUUAUACACAUAUAAUCCAGGUGUUAAUGUAGUACUUACGGCAGAAUUUCUGUCUGAUCUUAGAACCGAGAAUCUUUUUUUUUUUGCUGAGCCCUUAAUGUGAUUCUCGAUCAUGUAACUGAAAGGGUCUUUUUUUUCCGCAUUGACCAUCGA